CUGCAAGUAGGAAGAUCUCCACGAGCAGGUCUGGGCAGCCCUGCUGAACGUGAAAGGAGGGAAUGAACUCAGUUUUAGAGAGCAGUGGCUGCUGGUGUGGUGCAGAGGCCGCGGGGGGAAAAAAGGCAAAGCUACCAGCUGUCAGAGAGAUUGCUCCAGGUGGAUCUUAAUGCCAUCAAAGGUGAACAGAUGAUUGUCAUUCUCAGAAGAAAAAGGACAGCAUUUGUCAAGCGCAUUAUCUUUUUUUGUAUAGAGAGUGAGCCAGCCCUCCUGACUGUUAUCAUCUGUCUGCUCACCAGACUUACAAGCCCUCUCCUUCAACAAGACCCCAGCCUGGCAGGUCAAGGACCCCUUUCUUCAAUCAAAGCAGCUUUUAAAAGAACUUCUGCAAGAGCUCACUCGCAACCGGACUGCUCCAGAGAAAGAAGGCGUCCAGAGAUAACCAUCCUAUCGGCAGAGCCGCUAACAGCCACUUCUUGGCAUUCAGGGGUGUCCAGACAAAUACCAUCCACAGCUUUCACCACACAACCAAUCUGGAGUGAGAGUGUUCUGACCUCUGCUCAGCUCCCACCAUCCUAUGAGCAGGUGAUCAAGGAGAAGACUAAAGAGCAGGUUACCACACCUUUACCAUCUCCACGACGCUCGCACACAACUAUUGCCACACAGACUGACUCACUAGAGGAGAAUGUGACGCAUCCUGAUUCCUGCACACUCCAAAAUCCCAGUGGAGUUUCAGAGAAGCAGCCAAAAAAACCACCUCGGCCAUCAUUGCCCUGCAAACCAGAUCAAAAAAACAGAUCCUCUACAUGCACUUCCAACUCUCAGCCCAAUGUCGAUGUAGUCUCAAUCACACGUCCAGUGCCUCAACCACGUUCUAAAACAAAUCCCUUGAGCUCAUCCAACCAGGUCAAUGUGCAACCUCUGAUACCACUGCAAGACAGCUGGGAAGGUUGUCCUGUAACACUUGUGGAGACUUCUGAUGCCCAUUCAGGCAAGUAUCUGCAGGAACUCUUAGAUGUCUUCAGCUCUGAUCCUCAAAGUGAUCUGAGCGACAGUGUCAGCAUCCAGGGAGAGCAGACGAGGCAAAGUGAAAACAUGACCUCCUUUCACAGCGACCGCAACAUCCUUUCAAAAAUACAGGCCUUUGAAAGUCAGUCGAGCAAAGAGAACGAUGAAUCUUCUGUACCUUUUCCCCGUCCUCGUAAGGUUUUUGCCAAACCACCUGUGCUGGCACCAAAACCCUCCAUUGCCCCACGACCGUCUGUAAAAAAGCCCAAAGAAGAGCAGGUUUCAGAAUUUGUGAGUCACUUAUACGAAGAGGUUGACAUGCCACCCAUGCCAGCUCCAAGACCUCAGCUUCUCAAAAAACCAUCUUUAGACUUUAGAAAUGUUGACUCUCAGCCUUCCUUCAGGACAGCCCUUAUUCCACCGUCACGACCUUCAUUGGUCAGAGGUAAGAAUGUAAGUUCCCCGGAUGAGGAAGAAGUGGCAUUGAAAGGACCUCCCACCCCACUCAAGCCAAGCAAAGACCUGCUGAACCUCAAUAACCAUAAUUCCACUGCACUUCUGUCUAACAUCACAUCCACAGCGAACAUGCUUGGCAAUGACUAUAUGGAUGCUCCCCUUAAUCAUUCUCCCACUAAACCUUCCCGUCAAGGGGGAUUCACCUACAUGGGGCUACAGGGGGUGACUAAGAGACCCACAGUCAUAAGAGUUCCCAGUAAAACUGACAAAAACCCUGAAGAGGCAGCAGAUGUUCCUCCACCUUUACCUGUGCAGAAAGCUGUGGGCGGCCCACCUACACCUGCUAAACCUUCUCGUGAAGUGAGACCUUAUUCAGCUAUCUCAACAAACAACAGCCGUGCAACAAGCAACCAAGCAGACUCCUUCAGUUUCUCAUCUGAUAUGUCUCUUCCGCCACGGCCCAGUGGAGGAAAGGUUCUACCUCCACGACCGCCACCAGCUAAAGCAGGCCCAGGAAGACCUCCUCCUCCACGGAAAGAUGGCUCCCAACGUCGGCCCUCAGAUCCAGGAGUUUCACAAAUAGUGCCAUCAAAACAACAGCAACCUCAAUGGCAGCAGCAAAACCGUAGAGCUUCAAAAAAAGGACCUGCCCUACCGCCGAGACCCAACCCUGGACAUCGUCUUUACAAUAAAUACACCCUUGAGAUCCCCCACGGUGUUGCUGAGUAUGACUACAAUGGCACUAACACUGGGGAGCUCUCUUUUCAGAAAAAUGAAGUUCUCGUCUUGCUUGAGGAAUUGGACAAUAAAACCUUUGUAUGUCAAGUGGGAAACGCUAAGGGCACCGUGCAGAAAACACACAUGAAGAUUAUUACACCCUUAAUAAGUAUACCCAGAAAUCCAGUACUUCAGAAAAACAGUUCUUUCAGUGGUAUGGUGGAAAAUACUGGAUCUUCACAAGUGCAGGCCCUGUAUGACUUCACUCCAGAGGGGCCUGGAGAGCUGAUGUUGAAGGCUGGUGAUGUGGUGUCUAAUGUAGAACAGCUGGACAGUGAGUGGUACAUGGGUACAUGCAGAAACAUCACUGGAUUCUUCCCCAUUAACUAUGUCAAGACACUGGUGACAGGUGUGCAAAAAUAUUCUUUACACACUGAGGUUGAUGGUGAACAUGUUGGUGACGUCUCUACCGUUAUCAAUAAUCUUUUUAAGCCUGCUACAUCUGCGCCACCACCCAGAAAUGAAUGGAAAACCAAACCAUUUCCUGAUCCUGUCAGAGGCCCAAGGUGUGUUGCGAGGUUCGACUUUGAGGGAGAGCAGGGCGAUGAGCUCUCGUUCUCUGAAGGUGAUGUGAUUCGGCUCAAAGAAUAUGUGGGAGAGGAGUGGGCUCGUGGGGAAGUCGGUGGUCACGCUGGUAUUUUCCCUCUCAACUUUGUGGAAGUGCUUGAGGAUCUUCCCUCAAUGCAAAAAUCUGUUCCGAAUAAGAUUGCACUACCUGGAAUGGCCGGAUCACCUAACACACGAAUGUCUUACACAGCCACUGAGGUUGAACGUAAUGGUGAAGAGUGGGCUGUGGCACUGUAUGACUUCACAGCAGAGACGGACGAGGAUCUGCCCUUCCAGCAGGGAGACAGGGUCCUGGUCACCGCUCACAUAGACGAUGAAUGGUGGAGCGGACGGGUCAAUGGCAGAGAAGGCUUCUUCCCCAAAGCCUUCGUAGAGACUCUUCCAGGAGGAAGAAAGUGGUAGUGGGAGGAAGAAGCAGGAGGACUAUCAGAAGCAGUGUUUUUCUUCUAAUUCAUUUUCUUUUUUAUUGUGUUUGUCUAAAAUAUUUAUAAAUGUGAAGUCAUUUGUUGAUAUUUCAAAUCUAUCGUAUCCUAAAAAUAUACAUUCAUGAACUGCUAU